CCUUCCCCGGGCAUUGGGUCAAUUCAAUUCUGGCGCCGGGGGAAGGAAGAGGAGGAGGAGGAGGAAGAGGAGGAGGAGGAGCCAUCUCGAUGCGGCCCCCUCCCUGCCUGCCUCCCCCCCACCCCAGCCCCGACCCGGAUUGGCGGCCGCUCGCAAAAGAUUGCAUGGGAUUUGCCUGAUUUCCGUUCAGUUUCCGGAGAGCCAGAAAAGAAAAGAAAAAUCCCAGCCGGGGUUGCAUCGCUUCUCGCCGGCGCUUCUUGCAAAGUCGCCGCCGAGGUCGCUCCCUUCACUCUUGCAAACGCAAGCGGUCCUCAAGCAUGGAGCGCGGCGAAGGAGAAGAGCCCGAUCCGGCAGAGGUGCCGCCGGGGACCCGCCUGGUGCUGGCCUUCAAGGCGUUCCUGACUUCCCGCAAAGGGCUGCUGCUGCUGGCCCAAGCGGCCCUCUCUUUUAUCAUCUUCAUCUGCUACAUCGCUUCGACAGCUGCACCUUUCAUGAUGGUGCCCUUACUGACAUUUCUACUCGCUUUGGGCUUUUUCGUUUCCUAUUCCCUGAAGCUGAAUGAGAAGUUCCGGGGCAUCUAUUGGCUUUUGGCGGAUUUUUUGUGUGGAAUUAUUGCUGCUAUUAUAUAUUUUGCCAUCUCCAUUGCUGCCGUUUCAAAAUAUACGGACACCGCAUCGAAGGCUGCAGGGGUAUUUGGGUUUAUCACUACCAUCGUCUACUGUGCCUACGUAUAUUUCACCUUUAAUGACCUGGCAACGUUCCUAAAACAGGAAGAUUCCUCGGACGCCCCCAAAUCACAGAAGUCAGAAGAUGACUCGGAUUCCGAUUCUGACUGAAAUAACAGUAUCUUUGAUGAAUGUCAGAACCUCGAUGGAAAAUGAGGAAGACGUAAAGAAGAAAAGGAAAAGACCAAAAGCGGAAGAAAAAUGAAUGUUUUGAGUAUUUUAACCUUUUUUCAGUGAACUUGGAUAUUUUAACCUUUUUUCAGUGAACUUUACAGAUUGUUGUUACUACAACUGGGAUCACCAAAAUCAUGCUGGGAAUAUUAUUGUGUAUAAUUUACACAAGAAAACUUGACCACCUGGUAGCUGAAGAUCAUUCAGCAUUGCAAUAGAUUUUUCAAGCCAAACCUUUUAUGAGCAGAGUUAUCCAGGAUGUAUUAAGAAGUCAUUAACAUCUGGCAACAUGGAGUUUCUUCAGAACUAGA